AUGAUCUGUUCCAGUGAGGAUGAACGCGCCUGGUCCAUGAUGCGUGCUAUUACCACUUUAGAGAAUGGACACUAUAAAACUGGACUCCUUUGGAAAUUCGACGACGUAAGACUGCCUGACAACAAGGCAAUGGCGCUUAGAAGAUGGCAGUGUCUGGAACGUAGGAUGACCAGAGAACCUGAACUAGGCGCUGCACUCAGAGCAAAAAUGGAAGAUUAUUUGCGUAAAGGAUAUGCGCGGAAGAUGACGACCGAUGAAUUGAGGCUACCAUAUGAACGCAUUUGGUACUUACCAAUAUUUCCGGUGUUCAAUCCAAAUAAGCCGGGGAAACUGAGAAUCGUUUGGGAUGCUGCUGCUGCUGUGAACGGCGUUUCGUUGAACUCAGUGCUAAUGACCGGUCCAGAUCAGCUAACAGAACUCCCAGCAGUACUCUACAAGUUCCGCCAAUAUCCGGUGGCCAUAGGAGGAGACGUUCGUGAAAUGUUUCACCAGUUACGAAUGAAUGAGAUGGAUCAACAUUGUCACCGAUUUUAUUUCAGCAUGGAUGAGAAUCAAAAGGAACCCGACGUAUACAUUUUGCUCGUUAUGUCUUUUGGAGCGACUUGCUCACCGAGCCUUGCCCAAUUCGUUAAAAACGAAAACGCGGAACGCUUUCGGCGUCGCUUUCCAACCGCAGUGGACGCAAUCAUAAAAUCACAUUACGUUGACGAUAUGUACACGAGUGUCCCCACCAAAAAGGAAGCAAUCGUUCUAGCCAAGCAAGUCAAGGAAAUUCAUUCUCACGGUGGGUUUGAGAUGACCAACUGGGUUUCUAAUUCGCCAGAUGUACUUGAAGCUCUGGACGCAUCAGAGGUUCCUGAAAAGAAUUUAGACACGACGAUCGAAGUUGCCAAUGAAAAGGUACUCGGGAUGUGGUGGUCGACGGAAUCAGAUGUUUUUACCUACAAACUAUUCCUGCAACGCAACAAGGAUAUCCUUUCUGGAACGCGACGCCCUACUAAAAGGGAACUUUUGAGAACCAUGAUGAGUGUCUAUGACCCUCUCGGUCUCAUCGCACACUAUUUGAUGUUUUUGAAGAUGCUUUUGCAGGAGGUCUGGCGAUCCGGAGUCGGUUGGGACGAUUGUAUUGCUGAACGUGAAUGGGAGAAAUGGAAUAUCUGGCUGCAGUUUCUGCCCUCGCUUGAAAAUUUACGGAUUCCCCGCUGUUACCGUCUGAAGACAUCGAUAAACUCCUCCGUUCAACUCCACACUUUCGUGGAUGCUAGCGAGAACGGAUAUGCCGCUGUAUGUUAUUUCCGGUUUGAAGAGGAUGGCCGAGUCGAAUGCACGCUGAUUGGGGCAAAAAGUCGUGUCGCACCACUUAAAUUUGUAUCUAUACCGCGUUUGGAAUUACAGGCAGGUAUCAUCGGUGCUCGAUUGGCAAAGGCCGUAGAACAAGGCCAUACAUACAAAAUAUCGAAACGGUUCUUCUGGACUGAUGCUCGUAACGUUUUAUGCUGGCUGAACUCCGAUCAUCGAAGAUACAGCCAGUUCGUUGCCUUCCGUGUAAGCGAGCUGCUGGAGACAACGGAUCUUACUGAAUGGCGAUGGGUGCCAACCAAAUUAAACGUGGCCGACGAAGCCACAAAAUGGAAAUGUGCACCGAGUCUUAAGUAUGAUAGUCGUUGGUUCAAGGGCCCCGAAUUUCUGCUACAACCGGAAGAAAACUGGCCGAAGCUUCCAGCUUUAGAAUCCUCCAAGGAAGAACUCCGUUCGAAUUUUUUAAACCACCAUGACGUUGAUAAUUGGGUGGUUACACCAGCGAACUUUUCAAGUUGGAAGCGUUUGCUUCACACCGUGGCAUUUGUGAUGCGGUUCCCAAGAAAUUUGAGGAGAAUGAAAGCUGCAGAAACACCGACAGCUGGACCGUUGUCUGCGGAGGAAUUAACCGAUGCUGCAAAUUACAUCUAUCGCCGAGCUCAAGAGAAUGUCUACGGAGAGGAAAGAAAGUUGCUUGCUAAACCCAACCGUGCUAAUGGUACUCCGAUUCUUCCCAAAAGCAGCUCUCUAUACAAAGUCGAACCAUAUCUUGACGAUGCUGGGGUAAUGCGUAUGCGUGGUCGCAUCGGCGCGUGCGAUUUAAUUGAUGAAUCUACAAAACAUCCGGUUAUUCUUCCUCGAAAACAUCACAUCACCUCUCUAAUCAUCCAAAAAGCUCAUGAGGAAUUUCAUCAUCAGUGUCAUCAGACUGUUUUGAACGAAAUCCGACGCAGAUACUAUAUACCGCGGUUGCGGACAGUGUACAGUAAAACUCGUCGGGAUUGCCAGAAGUGCAAAAUAAUGACAGCUAAGCCACAGCCUCCUCCCUUGGCCGACUUACCAAAGGCUCGUCUCGCCGCCUUUGUUAGACCAUUUUCAUACUUAGGUAUUGAUUACUUUGGUCCGAUGCAGGUGGUAGUUGGUCGCCGUGUCGAAAAGCGCUGGGGCGUACUAGCCACUUGUCUGACUACUCGAGCAAUUCACAUCGAGCUGGCUCAUUCAUUAACAACGGAUUCCUGCAUCAUGUGUCUGCAAAACAUAAUAGCGCGACGUGGGACUCCUGUCGAGAUCAUAAGUGAUCGAGGAACAAAUCUUAUCGGUGCAAGUAAAGAGCUAAAAGAAGCUUUAGGAAAGGUAGACAAGGAACGUUUAAUGAAAGAGUUCACAACCGAGAACCUCAAAUGGGUCUUCAAUCCACCUGCUUCCCCUCAUAUGGGGGGAAGCUGGGAAAGACUGAUACAAUCAGUGAAAAAAAUUUUGACCAGUAUUCUCCCGACCCAACGACUACCUACCGAUGAAGCACUCAGAAACGCUCUUGUUAUGAUAGAAAAUGUUAUUAAUUCACGCCCUUUGACCUACGUAUCAGUUGACGACGAAGCAGCCCCGGCACUCACUCCAAAUAGUUUUUUGCUGGGAUCCACAGAUGGCUCAAAACCUUUAGUACUUCACGAUGACAGCGGUGUAGCUCUUCGAAGUGCCUGGAAAUCAUCACAAAUAUUGGCAAACAAGUUUUGGAAGAAAUGGCUAGAAGAGUAUCUUCCUGAAAUAACCAGGAGAAGUAAAUGGUUUACGGCCGGUCGUCAGAUCCAGAUUGGAGAUAUCGUGAUUGUUGUGGACCCAAGUUUCCCACGAAAUUGUUGGCCAAAAGGCAGGAUUAUCGCGACGAAGGUAUCCAAAGAUGGUCAAGUUAGAUCAGCGACGGUGCAGACAGCGGCAGGCAUACGAGCGCCCGGCAGUUCGUCUGGCAAUGCUGGAGGUAGGUGCAGAUAG